AUUAAUUUAUCUAUGGCUAUUGUCAAUUGGUCUGCUGCAAUUCCUUUGACUAAGCUUCUCCAGGAUCUUCAGCUGAUAUGCUUCAGAUGAAGAGUGCAUUUCAUUAAUUUGUUUAAGUUGGCUGUAAAUUCCCGUUAUAAAUCAAGCGGCGUUCCGAAGGUGAUGGAGUUCGUAGGCAGCCAUGAAGAUCCUGAAAACAUCGAACAAAUGAAGGAGACUAAAAGAGACAUUGAACAUAAAGUGGGAAAGAUCCUGAAGCUUAUACAGAAUAAUGGCCCAGCCAAGAAGGGUAAGAUCCCGGAAGAUUCAAAGAAAAGAUCAGAACUUAUUGAACUUGUCGAGGAUUUUCACAAACAGUACCAGUCUCUCUACGCACAAUAUGAUUAUCUCAGAGCAGAGAUGGGGAAAAAGGCUCCAGUCAGGAAAGAGAAGGAAAGUUCUUCCUCUUCAUCCUUCUCCGAUUCAGAGUAUUAUUCUCCAGACAUAGGCAGUAGCCUUAUCAUAGAUAUGCAUCUUGAAGCAUCAGACGGCACCGCUGGAGAACUUGAUGCUGCAAGCUUAGAAGUAACUGGGCUGAAGCAUAGGUUGACCUCUGCUACUGCUGAAAACGAAGCUUUACGCAACAAAUACAGCGCAGAAUUACAAGAAGCAGACACCGUCAACAAGCAAAAUAGGGAACUUUCAGCUCUUGUGAAGGUACAUGAGCUUCAUGACAGUCAGGCAUCAGCUCAGAUAAAGGAGCUAGAGGGACAGUUAGCUACACUGAAAACUGAGAUGGAUUCCUUGUACACCCUGAAGAAAGAUUUCGAGGCACAGGUUGAAAACAAAGCAGCUGAAGCUAAACAUCUUCAAGAGAAAAACUCACAGCUACUUUCACGUGUUUCGGAACUUGAACUGAUGUCAAAAGAGAAAGGGGAUGAGAUAUCUACAAUCCAGAAGCAACUGAAGGAUGGUGAGAAGAAUUUCACAUCUAAAAUUGAAGAUCUAAUGACACAGGUCAACAAUCUGCAAUUGGAGACGGUUUCUUUACGUUCUCAGAAUGCUAAACUGGAAGCGAGUAAGCGGAAGGAAGCAUCAGCUCAAGCCAAGGGCUUAAAGAACCGAAUAAAUAAUUUGCAGAAGGAAUUGGACUCCUUUCGAGGUGAGAGAUCUCAGCUGGAAGCUCAACUGAACAUGAAAACCAAAGAAGUUGCUGAAAACCUGCUCUGGACAGAGACUUUGGAAGGUGAAAUAGCAAGGAAGGCUAUAACUGAACAGGAACUGCUAAAAGAGAAAGAAACCUUUCUUGUGCAAAGAGAGGACCUGGAACUAGAAGCGAACUCUAUCCGAAACCAAAAGAACAGGCUGGAAGAGCUGAUGAGAAGUAAGAACCAAGAGACAGAUCAAUUGCGAGAAGAAGGGGAGAGGAUGCACGCUAGAAUACUCGAACUGGAAGGGAUCUUAUUAGAUAGAGGGGAUUCCUUUUCUCCUUGUCAGAAAGAAUAUGAGAGCAGAGAGAAUGAAGCUUCUACUCAGAUUAUGGCCUUGAAAUCGCAGGUUUUUAGCUUACAACAGGAUUUGGAUUCCUUGCUGAGUGAGAAGAGUUUAUUGGAGACACAAAACGAGAGACUAAGGCGAGACAUUAUGCAAAUCCAGUUUCAGAUGGAAAAUGAAGUUCACAAUUUAACGAGCAAGAUUGAAGAGCAGCAGAAAAUCCUGAAGGACAAGGAGGAUACUGUAAAAAAGCUAACUGAGGAGACUAAAGUAGUCAGACACCAUUUGCUGGAUUCUCCAAAAUAUCGGUCAUUGGAUUCUCCAAAAUAUCGGUCGCUGGAUUCCCCAAGGACAAAUCCUCAAUCUUUAGAAAGGAAGAUAGAAGAACUAGCAGGGAGCUUCCACAUGAAAAUGGAAAAUCAUAUUCGAAUCUUGUAUCAGAGGAUUUUAGUUGCCGAACAUAUUCAUGCUGAAACCAAAGAUGGCUACAAGAAGAUGAAAGACAGACUGGAUCAAGAAAACAUAGAGCUUAAUGAAAAAACAACAGCAUUUGAAGCUGAAUUGAGGAAGAUAAGGGAGAUGUUAUUGGAUGCAGGAGAGGUAUUUUCAGGAGCGGAAGCAAUGCUCAAGAAAUUCUACGAGGACACUGAAAUUCUCUCGGACCCCAUUUGCCGAAUCUCAAACGAGCUUCAGUUUGCGAAGAGAUGGAUCACAGAAACAAAGGAUGAGAUAAAAAAGCUGAAACAUAACGUGGAUAGUUUGACAUUGCAACUGAAUGGCAAGGAAGAGAAGGAGCUCUUGUUAAGAGAAAAGGUGUGGAAACUGGAAGCAAAGCUGAGCAAGGAAGGAGGAGAAAAGCUGAAUUCUGUUAGUCAGCUUGAGAGAAAGGUCGUAUAUUUGGAGCAGCAGGUAAAACACAAGGAAGACAUUUUUCUGGGUGUUGGUGAGGAGAAGAGGGAGGCCAUAAGGCAGCUUUGUAUCUUGGUCGAUUACCAUCGCAGCCGCUAUGAUCAUCUCAGAGAAGCACUAUCAAAGAGGACUGUUCAUAUCAAGAGAGUGGCUUAGAAGAGAUUUGCGACAUUUUCUUCUUUUGUUUAUUAAUGCUGUUAUUCUGGUUUUAACAACAUUAAUCCUUUCAUUAAACAAACAGCUUGUAAAUUAGUUCCAAUAUUUGUUCA